CAUAACAUGGAGAUGAAGUAGGCUACCAGAAGACCCUCUCUCCCCCAGGUCAUCUGUCCUCACCACCAAGACCAUGCUGUCUUCAGGCACCAUCUGCAGUUUGCUGCUACUCAGCAUGCUCUGGAUGGACAUGGCCAUGGCAGGCUCCAGCUUCCUGAGCCCAGAGCACCAGAAAGCCCAGCAGAAAAAGGAAUCCAAGAAGCCACCAGCUAAACUGCAGCCACGAGCUCUGGAAGGCUGGCUCCACCCAGAGGACAGAGGACAAGCAGAAGAGACAGAGGAGGAGCUGGAGAUCAGGUUCAAUGCUCCCUUCGAUGUUGGCAUCAAGCUGUCAGGAGCUCAGUACCAGCAGCAUGGCCGGGCCCUGGGCAAGUUUCUUCAGGAUAUCCUCUGGGAAGAGGUCAAAGAGGCGCCAGCUGACAAGUAA